CAGGAUCUUGCAAAUAUAUAAAUGUUUGUUAAUAGCUUUCAAAACUGAGAAGCAUAACGUUGUAUCUAUUAAAUGGAACUUUAUUAAACUGAAAUCAUGAAUUCAGAAACAAGUUACUGCUAUCCUGACAAUAAUGCAACUUGCAUUAAACCUUUAAGGAGAAUUGAAAUAUCAGUAUUACUUUACCUGUCUUCAGGAAUCCUGAUUGUAGUUGCUGUGUUUGGAAACUUGUUUGUGAUCAUCACUGUCUCUCAUUUCAGGCAACUUCACACUCCUACUAAUUUCUUUAUCCUUUCACUUGCUGUGGCAGAUUUUCUAAGUGGUUCUCUUAUUCUGCCUGCUCAGUUUUCUGCAAUAGUAGAGUAUUGCUGGUACUUUGGUGAUGCAUUUUGUCCUUAUUAUCACACAUAUUUCUACUUUUUAUUUUUUGUUUCUGUUUUAAAUUUGGUAAGCAUAUCAGUUGAUCGCUACAUUGCUGUGUGUAAUCCAUUUUUUUACAGCAGUUAUGUAACAAAUUCAGUGGCAGGUAUAUGUAUAAUUUUCACUUGGUUGUUAGCAUUUUUCUAUACAUGUGCAUUUAUUUUUUGGACUGGAGGUUUUGUUGUAUCCAACUGGUGUGUGGGUAUGUGCGCAUUUUUUCAUUAUAGAAAUUGGUGGAUCAUACAUUAUGUAGUGACAUUUUUAUUGCCUAUGGUGGUUAUAAUUUGUUUGUAUUCAGUAAUAUUUGUAACAGCAAGAAGGCAUGUAAAAGCUAUCAACUGUAUGAUGCAAGAAACAAAAUCGGCAGACAGAAAAAACAAACAGUUGUCUAAAUCAUCUGAAAGAAAGGCUGCUAAAACCCUAGGAAUAGUAGUAAUAAAUUUUAUUGUACUCUGUUCACCUUGUUUUUUGUUCUUUCUACUUCAAUUAUUCCUUAGAAUGAAUUUUGCAGACAUAGUACCUCUUCGAAUAGCAGUGAUUUAUUUAGCUGCAAUGAAUUGUUGUAUAGACCCAGUUAUUUAUGCUUUGUUCUAUCCCUGGUUUAGAAAAUCUUUAAAAAUGAUGGUGACAUUGGAAAUAUUUAAGUCUUCAUCAUCAAUGACUAGCUUAUUUUCAAACUAAUUAUUAGAUAUCUGUGGUUUGUAUUUAUCAUAAUUUUCAUUGUGUUUUUCAAAGUGUAAAACUAUGACAAGAUAAUAAUUUAUCUUAUCUCUGAUAUGAGUGCUUUCGUUGACUUUUGAAUUGGUCUUCAGAAAACAGGCACUUUUUCUGUGAAUAGUGAUUUCCUUAAUUUUUUGUCGGAAUUGUAAUAUAUGCAGUGCCUGUAAAAAGUAUUCACCCUUCUGGACUUUUUCAGGUUUUAUUGUUUUACAAAGCUGUAUAAAUUAGUCUAAAUUUAUUACAGUUAACACUGGACAUGAACAUUAUUUUUUCUUGGCUCCUUCCUGUAUAGCAUUGGCAAAAUGUUUAGGUUUGUUUUCUUACUGGAAAAUAAAUAUUCUUCCAAGACGUAGAUUUCUUGCAGACUGCAGCAGGUUUUCCUGCAGGAUUUCUCU